UACCGGCGUGUGGCUUAAGCGGGGCUAGAAGUCGGGUGAGUACUGCCCCGUGUGAGCUUAGGGUAAGGCCACUUUAUGGUCGCGCGACAUGGGUGAGACUUGGGUAAGUUAGCUAUGAACUAAAUUUAUUUCUUGGAACACUAGCUAGCUCGGCAGGAAGGCGUAGCCACGAAACUGGCGUUAGAAUCCUGCUGCCUGGGGAGACCUUUGCACUGCUUGAUCACUCAACAAGCUGGAAGUUUUGACCGUGAGCUUGGAUGCCAUCAGCUUCGACGACACGAUUUAAGUGCGCUUACAAGCAUCAGGUCAGGAUAGAGUACUCGAAGUGUCUACUUGACGCGAAAAGACAAAAGCGGAUUUCCCAGAAGCUCUUUGGCUUAUUGCGGAAGCCUCGCUGGAGCUUACUGAGGAGUUUGAAUUUUCAAAUUGACUCAGACGUUCGAGCGGACUUGGCAGACAGCCGUGAAUGCCUCUCUUUUCUACUCUAGAAAUGCCUCCUGGAGACAACAAGCGAGAUCGACAAAUAUUAUCUCUGGGGUGCUUUAGCACUGGCCAACACGAAACGCGAUGAUUUUCCCAUCCAGACUUUCAGUCAAUUUGACCCUGAUCUAGAAAGCUACUAUUAGCUAAUCUGGCAUGAAGGCUGAACUGCUAUCCUGGGCGCCAUAAUGUUCUACCUGCAAGAUGACCCUGUCAUCCGACAGUACCUUAUUGAUCGAGGCAUAGAUCUCGUUGUAGAGUAGGACGGCAAGUGGCGCCUCGAGAGCGUUGCGUUUCGCCUGCGUAUUCUUCCGGUGGAGUGGGCGCGUUACGGACGCUGCGCAUGUCUGUGGCAUCAGCUUUUUUAUAGAUCGGGAAACGUAGGAUUAUGCCCCACUGACUGCUCAGGGGUGGACAC